CACCAACGCGGUUUCCCUCUCUCUCUCUCUCUCUCUCAUGAAGGCAUGGCCUUCUGCCUAACUAAAAAAACCUAACAGUCAAGACAAUCCUUAGCUAAUCCCUUUCUUUCUCGUUAAGUCUUCUUGAUCUCCCACCUCCUAUAUAAAAAGGUUGGUGAAGAAGCAAGAUCUCAAGGUAGAUUUAGGGAGACAGAGAAACCAAGAGUAUCGGUAAUGACUCAAGAAAUAUGGGUUUUUCCAUUUUUUGGGCAGGGCCAUCUCCUGCCAAGUAUGGAACUCUGCAAACACGUCGCAUCAAGAAACUUCCGAACCACCCUUGUCAUUCCCUCCAACCUCUCCUCCAAUAUCCCCUCCUAUCUUCACCAGUAUCCACUUCUUGAAAUAGCUGAGUUACCCUCUUCUCCACCACCUUUACAGCAGCCAGGACCUGACCCGCCUUUCCCCCCUCAUAUGCACCACAACCAGAUGGCACAAGGCCUUGAAAACCUCCUUUCAACCAGAUCACAGAACCCGGACUCGGGACUACCCGCGUGUGCUAUUGUUGAUGUUAUGAUGGGCUGGACUCUUGAAGUUUUUGAAAAGUUUGAGGUUCCAACCGUUGGGUUUUUUACAUCUGGUGCUUGCUCAGCAGCGUUGGAGUAUGCAGCGUGGAAGGGCCACCUGGAUGAACUGAAGCCCGGGGAGAUCCGUUUACUCCCUGGAUUACCAAAGGAAAUGGCUCUUACAGAUUCCGACCUUAAAAGUAGGCGGCAUAGGCCUCCAGGUGGUAGAGGAGGUCCGCCUGGCCUGGGUGGACCUGCCGGUCCGAUGGGUGGUUUUCCUAGACCACCAGGUGAUAUGGGCCCCCCGGAAAUGACGGGCCCACCAAAGCUCGGUGGACCAGCCGGUCCGAUGGGUGGUUUUCCUAGACCACCAGGUGAUAUGGGCCCCCAGAAAAUGAUGGGUCCACCAAAGCUCGGUGGACCACCACCGUGGCUGGAUGAAGUUAGGGGCUCCAUCGCGUAUAUGAUCAACACAUGCGAUGAUCUUGAACGUCCAUUCAUUCAAUAUCUAACUGAUCAAGUUGAAAAACCAGUUUGGGGUAUUGGCCCGUUAUUACCCGAACUCUAUUGGAAAUCGAUUGAUUCACUUCUUCAUGACCAUGAAAUUCGAACCAACCGGCAAUCCAAUGUCACCGAGGAAGAAGUGAUAGCAUGGUUAGAUUCAAAGCCACCUAGUUCAGUAUUAUAUGUGUCCUUUGGUAGCGAAGUGGGUCCUGAAAUGGAAGAGUAUCCAAACUUGGCGGAUGCGUUAGAAACAUCGAACCGGCCAUUCAUUUGGGUAAUCCAGCCUGGUUCGGGUGGGUCUGGUCCGCCGCCGCAAUUAUUUGAGGGUCAACCUGGUGCGAAGGCCGGUGAAAGUUAUUUUCCUUGUGAUUUGGACAAAAAGGUUGGUGAAAGAGGUUUGAUAAUACAUGGAUGGGCACCACAAUUGCUAAUACUAAGCCAUCCAUCUACUGGUGGGUUCUUAUCACACUGUGGAUGGAACUCUACGGUGGAAGCUAUUGGGCGUGGGAUCCCAAUUUUAGCAUGGCCUAUUAGAGGCGACCAAAACUACAAUGCCAAACUUGUAGUGAAACAUCUCAAGGUUGGAUGCAUGGUCUCUGAUGAUUUCUCGCAGCUGAUCAAGAAAGAUGAUAUAAUCAAGGGAAUGGAGAGUCUAUGGGGAGAUGAAGAUGUCAAGAACAGGGCAGCUUUGCUUAGUGCUAAAUUUAAGCAUGGGUUUCCAACGAGUUCAGUGAGUUCUUUGGAUGCCUUCAGAGAUCUCAUGAACCAAAAAGCAGUUUGAGCUCGACCACGUGAUUCGGCGUUGGAGCUUCUAAUGUACUGUAGCCGUCAUGUUCUUUACAAAAUCUAGUUUUGCAUGGAAAGUUGUUCUCACUAUAAUAUUGCUUAUCACCUCUUCAGUUUUUCUUCCA